AUGGCAUCACUCUACCGCAUCUUGAUAAAAACACAUCAUAUGACCUCUCGAUCAAAGAUCCAAACUAUCACCAAAGCCGCGAAACGCUUGUCAUGUUCAGUAUUGCUCAAGACAGGGGGGCCACCCGGCAUCAUGAUAGCUGAAGGUCAAGAGGCCCUAGAAUGGAUGGAGAUUGUAAGAAAGCUGAGAUACAAGGAUUACCAUUUAUUGAAGAAGGAGCCGGUCCAGGAUCAACGGCUUGAUAUUCCGGCGGGGACGGUCAAGGAAUUGACUUCGAUGAAAGAGCUAGGCGCUUUUUUGUCUCAAGAUGAGGAAAUAUGUCGGUGGUGGAGGGUUAACAUGGGAUAUGUGAAAGAUGAUGAUGAGCCUUGA